UAUCAACAGGCAUCGGAGGUUAUAGAAAAGUUAAUUUUAAAAAAGGGUUCAAUUAAAGGGUUGACUUAUAAUAGGAACAUUAAUGUUAAAACUUCAAAAACAUGUUAUGCAUUAGUGUGCGAGACAUUAAAGUAUAAAAGUGUUGUGGAUCAGGUAAUAGAGAUGACACCCAAUUUAGAUAAAGAGUAUAAAAAGAAUAAAACUAUGAAGUAUAGCUUAAUGAUUGUAAUGAUAUACGAAUUACUAUUUAGUGCACAUCAAUCGAUCAAGGGUGGCGGUCAUGCAAAGAAGACUUUAUUACAAUAUCAAACCCAAAUAAAUUCAGCAUUGGCCCGUUUAAAGAUUCAAAAGAGGUGCAAGGAGAAUAUAGAUCUAUUACCAGACCAUAUCAGAUAUCCAAUUACAUUGCCACGUUAUGUCAGAGUCAAUACAUUGCAAGGAGUAAAUGCUGUUCAAGAGGCAAUUGAUCAAUUUAAAAGUGAAGGCUAUGAAAUGUUGGCUCAGCAACCACCAUUAACAAAAAAAUUAAUUAAAAAAGAAGAUGGCACAGUCGAAGAGCAAUCAAAUAUUAUAUUGGGUGAAAAGGAGUUUUAUCAAGAUCCAGAUUUCAAAGAGAUACUUGUGUUCCACCACUCUAUAGAUUUACAUGACCACAAAAUGCUCGAAAAUGGUCAUAUUAUCCUUCAAGAUAAAGCAAGUUGUUUACCAUCCUUUAUUUUAUCACCACCAAAAGGCUCAGUUUGUAUCGAUAGUUGCUCUGCUCCAGGUAAUAAAACAAGUUUACUUUCUGCUCAAAUGGGUAAUACUGGUAAAGUUUAUGCUAUUGAAAAAGAUCAAAAACGUUGUGGUACCUUAAUAAAGCUUACAAAAAGAUCUCUCUGUAAAAAUAUUGAAGCAAUCAACGAUAGUUUUUUAAAUUUAAAACAUGACGAUCCAAAAUUCAAAGACGUAGAAUAUAUCCUUUGUGACCCUUCGUGCUCAGGUUCUGGUAUUUUGGAUUCAGAGGAAAAAUUAGAGGAAGAAAAACGUGUAAAGUUAUUAGCAGAUUUCCAAUUAUCUAUUAUUCAGCAUGCCUUUGCAUUCCCAAACGUUAAAAAGGUAAUAUAUUCAACAUGUUCAGUUCAUCAAGUAGAAAAUGAGGAUGUAGUAGAACGUGCUAUUAAAGAGUUAAAUAAAGAUGGUGAAAAAUGGAGAGUAGUAAAUAUUUUACCUCAUUGGAAUCAUAGUAGAGGUUUACCAAUUUAUAAAAAUUCAGAAUACUCAAUCAGAAUGACCCCAUCAAAAGAUUUUACAAUUGGUUUUUUCGUUGCUUUAUUUGAAAAAAUUGAU